GUAUCUGUAGACAUAACCUGUGCCCGUACGAAAGUCCGCUGACAAAAGCUCGAAUUUUCACGAUUGUUUCAGGAUGUUUUGGUUUCGUCCAAGUUUUUAUUUAUUUAUGAAGAUGGGCAUUCUUUACUGUAUUUUUAUGUCCCUCCUGAUAAUCACCGAUGGGUUUGUUGUGAAAGGUCCCACUGAUCCUCUGAUGGUUCCUCUGGGAGGUUCAGUGGUUUUGCCCUGUUAUGUUGAUACACCUUUACCAAUGGAGAAUCUGGAGGUGGAAUGGAGAAGAUCAGACUCAGAUACUCCGGUUCAUCUGUAUCAAGAUGGUGAGAGUAAACCAGAGGUCCAGCAGCAGGAUUAUCAUGAUAGAGCUCAUUUCUUUACUGACCAGAUUCAACAUGGAAAUUUCUCCAUCCUGUUGAACAAUGUGAGAGUUGAAGAUGAGGGAACCUACAGAUGUAAAGUUUUCAGUAAUCAGGAUUCUGAUGAGACUUUGGUCCAAAUAAAAGAUAUUGAGCGUUUGAUAGUAUCAGGAUCGAGACUUUCUGUAUCUGUGUAUGCGGGUGAUGACGUCACUCUGAACUGCUCUGUGGACUCUCACAUCACACCUGAAGAGGUUUCAUGGAAGAAAACAGAUAAAGAUGAAGAUGGAGACCUCCUGGUCCUCCUUUACCAAAGCAACGAGACUCUACCAGAAUCAUCACAUGAGCAAUACAUGGACAGAGUUGAGUUCUUCACUGAUGAAAUCCCCAAAGGAAACUUCUCUCUCAGACUGAAGAGUGUCAGAACUGAAGAUAAAGGAGUUUACAUGUGUCAAGUGUUUGCUGGAGAUUUUUCAGCCAACACAACAGUUGUACUGGAGGAUCUUGGUUUCUCUACUUUACACAUAAUGGUGCUGAUUCUCUGUAUUGCUGCAUCUGGAUCUGCACUUCUGCUCUGCUGUCUGAUCUACUGGCAAUCAAAAAAGACAGAAACCAACAGAACAGUGUGGACUCUUCAGGUUUCUCUUGUCUUUUGUCCAAACAUCUUUAUGUUCUUUGCCUUCAUUGUCUGGGGUGUCACUGAGGGAUUUCUGAAUGAGACUGUCCCAUGCUGUGCUCUUUAUAUUUUGAGGCCUGUGAUGUUGCUGUGGGCUUUGCCCUUUUUAAAUUAUCUUCAAGACGAUAUUAAAACAUGGAUUAGGUUUUCACGUAUAGGAAGAGAAUUUGCUGUUUUAACAAUCGUUGUUUAUUCAGUUCUCUUUGCAUAUACCUGGAAGAAGAUUGCACAUUAUACUAAGCAUUUUGACCUCGCAUAUUUUCUGCAUUAUGUGGGGGAAUUAUGUUACUUUUGUGUCUCGUUAUCUUCAGUGGAGGUAAGAGUUUCUGUAUUAUUUGUUUCCAGCUUUCCAUGAGUUAUUAUAGCUGAGAAAAUGUUAACAAAUAAAAUAAAAUAAAAGAGUGCAUGUAAUUUUGUUUAUUGAGAUAAUUAUCAUUAAAUAGUUUAUUUAUAGAACUUUAUAUAAUUUCCAAUGGGUUUUUAACUUUUCAGAAUAGUGUUUUUGGAAAUAUAAUUAAGGUCUGUGGUUAAUAUUGCUUUAGAAACUUUACCUUAUGUUCUUUAAAAGUUACACAGUGAAACUUGAAUUUUAAAACAGUUUUUUUUUUUCAUAUGUAAGUUGCUACAUUAGAACUACAACUACUUUAAAAUGAAUAAAACUGGAAAUGCUGAGAUAUAAAAGAAAAUGUAAAGGAGUUUUUCACAUUGUUGUUGGUUUGGGCUGGUGCGCGGAUGACUGCUGCAUUGAACUGUUCUGCCAUCAUCUCUGCUUUCUCUCUGCCCUGUUUGCUGCAAUGCGGCUCUGUCAUGGACGAUCUGUGGUGUUGAAGCUGCGGGUCGUCACUGUUUGUUCAUCAUAUAUUUGUUGUUCAGAAUCCAUCAAGUGUUGUCAUUCUCUUGAUUUGUAAACAUGGCUGGUCAAAUGUUAAUGCACUCAUGUUACAGUGAUUUCUGAGUGGCCCAUUUUUGUUGCUCAGUUUCUAAAAAUGGUGUGAGUGGACUGAAGAGGAAACUGAAUUAUGACUGUUAGAGUAUAUCUUCAUCAAAUUCUUCUAUCAAGAGAGCAAAGAAAAUACUCUUUUUGUGAUGUACCCUCUUUAAUGUUAGUGUUUUUAUUGUUUUUUUUUUUAAAGGUUUUAGAAGCAAAGCACAAAAAAUGAUACAUUACAGUUUGCUAUGUUUGGUUCCUGUGCAAUCGUUUUAUAUGAUAUCUUCAUUUGAAACUUCCAGUGAGGCUCUUGGUAUAGCUGUUCCAGUUGUUGCACUGGUCCAAAUCCUAUUU